AUGGUUGCCGCUGUGCUGGUUGCCGGCGGCCUGGUCGCUGGCCUCACUGUAGGGGAGAGAGUCGAAGGUGUCGAUCCCUUCAACUUCACCAUGUUUGCAUGGAUCUUAGCCGGCUUCAUCAUCUUGAUAGCAAAGGGCAUCUGGGUAUCCGAUUGGCCUUGGCGUGAUUUCCUCCAUGCUCGCGUCACAUGCAGGUCGGCGAGAGAGCUUCGCCGCGUCACCCACCUGUCGGACCGGGAGCUUCUAGUCCUGCUUCUUUGGCUGGAACAACAGACCUUGACGGUUAGCGGUCCGUACAACGGACCUUUCACCAAUUGCGCCACCGGCGAGGGCUUUUCCAUCGACAUACCCUCCGAUCUCAAGGCGCUUCUGGCAAGCGGGCUGGUGCCGGUGCAGGUGGGCACGCUUUCCGGUCCCAAGAUUGUCUUUAUGAGCUUUCGAAAGGAUGGGCGUCUGCGUGCUGUUUCCCCGCGGGGCAGCUUUUCUGGCAUGAUACUAUGCUCCAAGGAUAUAACGGGCAUUGCUGGCGCAACCCGCCCAACAUCACAACCCCAACUACACGAGGCCAACAAGCAUAUGAUGGAAAAGCAACAGACAGGUCACACAAGUGGUGCGGGCCCGGAAAAGGUCCAGGAGGCAGUAGUCGAGAAGUUGGACGGCAUUAAGUGGCUUAGUGUAUACGGGAUUUAUGAACCUGAGGAGCAAUUAUUUCGUUAG